AUGGGUGCUAAUACUCAUUUCAUAGCCACAAUUUGUUUUAUGAUAUUAUCGGUGAUAGUUGCCACACCAACUUCUACCACCGACUCCACUGGCAAGGGUUUGCAGGACUUUGCAACGAAACUCUACUCGAAAUUAGCAAAACGUGAUGAUCAGAAAAACAUUAUAUUUUCACCAUUCUCAAUUGAGACCAUCCUGGCCAUGAUUCGUAUGGGUGCCAGCGGACAGACAGCAGAAGAAAUUGACAAUGCUGUACGUUUUAAUUUCAACAAUAACGAAAAGUUGGAAACAAAUUUCAAAAAAAUCCUUUCAGUCUUUGAGGAGAGUAAUUAUCUGAAAAUGGCCAAUAAAAUCUAUGUAGCGGAAAAUGUUGAACUCCGCAAUCAAUUCAGUGACAUACUUACGAACUUUUACUACGCAUCAGCAGAAAAUGUGAAUUUUACACAAAAUAUUAAAGCAGCCGAAGUAAUCAACUCUUGGGUUGCGGCAAAAACCAAUAACUUGAUAACAGAUCUUAUCGGUGCCGACGAUUUGGAUAAAUACACACGAUUGGUAUUGCUCAAUGCAAUUUAUUUCAAAGAUGAAUGGGCACAGGGAUUCCCAGAAAAUGCCACACGCCAACAAAAAUUCUAUGUGGAUGAAACAGAUAUUGUUAAUGUGGACAUGAUGCAUAUGAGAGGCCUCUUCCGCUAUGGCAGAAGUGAGCAAUUAGAUGCUGCCGCUUUGGAAUUGCCUUACAAAAAUUCCGAUCUGCGUAUGCUUAUAAUUUUGCCGAAUUCUCGUUAUGGUUUAGAAGAUCUAAGGAAUAAAUUGAAUUCAUAUUCAUUGGAGGAAUUAAGAGGUAGCAUGUUUCCGGUAUUGGUUGAUGUCGCUAUGCCCAAAUUUAAAGCUGAAUACACAAUUGAAUUGAAAGAGAUUUUACAACAGUUGGGUAUAGAACGUUUGUUCUCCCAUGAUGCAGAGUUGAUGAAUAUGUUAAAUACCCCUGAACCAAUUGAAGUGUCGAAAGUUCUGCAUAAGGCAUUCAUUGAAGUGAGCGAAAAGGGUACUGAGGCUGCUGCAUCUACAGGUUCUAUUGGAGUUGCCCUUUCUUCUGUAAUCGAAUUUGUGGUGGAUCAUGGCUUCUUCUAUAAGAUAAUCGAUACUUAUGGUACUGUUUACUUUGAAGGAUCGCAAAAGGAAUUUUAA